GUGCGUGAUGCCCAAGGCCACCGACAAGACAUUCACGGAGAAGCUGCACGCCCUGUGGAGCGGCAAGUCGGACAAGUACGAAGUGCCUAGGUUCGCCAUGGGCUUCAGCAUCAAGCACUAUGCGUCGACCGUCGAGUACUCAACCGUGGGCUGGCUGGAGAAGAACAAGGAUCCGCUCAACGAGAACGUGACCAAGCUGUUGGCCAACUCGUCGGAGCCAUAUAUAGCGCAGCUGUACGCCGACUACGCAGACGGCGGCGCCGACAUGCAGCACGAAGUCAGGUCGCGCGUGGCCACCAGUCUGAAGCGCGGGGCGUUCCGGACCGUGGGCCAGCGGCACAAGGACCAGCUGAACUUGCUGAUGGCGCAGCUGCAGGCCACGCAGCCGCACUUUGUGCGCUGCAUUCUGCCCAACAGCGAGAAGAAGGCCGGCCUGGUGGACACGCCCUUGGUUCUGGACCAGCUGCGCUGCAACGGCGUCCUGGAGGGCAUUCGGAUUACCCGCCAGGGCUUCCCGAACCGCGUCGCCUUCCCAGAGUUCCGCCAGCGCUACGAGAUCCUGGCUCCCAACACCAUCCCCCGCCAGGUGUUCGUCGACAGCAAGCAGGCCGCCGGGCUCCUGCUUGGCGCGCUGAAAAUGGACCCGGCCAAGUACCGCCUGGGCCACACCAAGGUGUUCUUCCGCGCCGGCGUGCUUGCCGAGCUCGAGGAAGUCAGGGACCAGAAGCUGGCCAGCAUUCUGGCGCAGUUCCAGGCCUGCGCCCGCGGCGCCCUGGCCAGGCAGAGGUUCCGCAGGCGCAUCGAGCAGGCCAAGGCCAUUCGCGUGAUCCAGCGCAACGCGCGCGUCUACAACCAGCUGUGCGAGUGGCCGUGGUGGAAGCUCUACCGGACGGUCAAGCCGCUGCUGCACGUGACGCGCAUCGACGAGGAGCUGCGCAAAAAGGACGCCCGCAUCGCCGACCUGCAGCGCACCUGCUCCGAGGCCCAGUCAGAGCAGACGCGGCUCGUCCAGGAGCACGCGGAGCUCGAGCGCACCCACGCCGAGAUCGAGUCGCUGCUGGUGGCCGAGCGCAGCGCCGCCUUGGACCAGGAGGAGAUUCUGAAGCGCACGCAGGAGCGCGAGGUGGCGCUCGAGGACAGCCUCAGGGAGCACGCAGCCAGGCUCGAGGAGCUCGAGGAGCAGGCCGAGGAGCUGGCCCGCCAAAAGCUUGAGUUAGAGCACCAGUGCCAGCAGCUGGAGCAGGCCAGGUCGGAGCUCGACGACCGGCUCAGGACUGCCGAGCUGAAGAUGCAGGAGGAGGUCGGCACUGUGCGCGAUCUGAGCGCCCGCGCCCAGCUGCUUGACCAGGAGAGCAGCCAGGCGCAGCAGCGCAUCCAGCUGCUCGAAGAUGCGCUGGCCGAAGCCAAUGCCAAGCAGGAAGGCCAGGCUGCUGAGCUCGCCGAGUCCCUGCAGGCGCUGGCCGAGCGCGAUGCAGCCCUGGACGCCCAGGCGACGCGCGAGCUGGCGCUCAACAACGACUCGAUGCAAGCCCAGCAGUUGCUGGAGAAGACCACGGCGCUUCUGGACGACGCCCACAGGCAGCGCGACCAGUGCCAGCGCGAUCUCGAGCAGAGCCAGCAGCAGGUCAGCGAGCUGCGCGCGCAGAUUGCGCAGAUUGACCAGGAGCGCAGCAGCCUGGCCAUCAAAAUGCAGGCGUCGGAGCAGUCGCUGGCCAAUGUCUCCGCCGAUAAGCAGAAGCUGGCCGAGGCUAAUAAGCGCUUGAUGGCCGAGAUUGCCGAGCUGCGGCAGCUGAUUGACGAGAAGGCUGACCAGGGCACGCGCGAGAGCGAGCUGAGGCGGUUGCGCGAGGACGAGCUCACACAGCUACGCAGCGAGCUAGCCGAGGUAUCCGGCGAGCUGGAUGACUUCCGCAAGGCCCACAUUGAGGCCGAGGAGACCAUGCAGGGGGAGCUGGAAGUGGCCAGGCGCGAGCGCGACCAGGCCGUGCAGGAGCGCAAUGGGCUCGAGUUCAACGCCAAGGAGACCGAGCAGCAGCUGCACGAGCACGCAGCCAAGCUCGAGGAGCUCGAGUCCGCCAACAUGGCGCUCGAGGAGCAGCUAGCCGUGGCCACCGCCAAGCACCACGAGGCCGAGACCGCCUUUGCCAGCACCCGCCAGACCAAGGACGCCGCCGAAUCCCGCCUCGCCGACCUAACCACGCAGCUCAAGGCCGCCGAUGACGAGCGCGCUUUGCUGAAGACGCAAAUGGCCGAAUUGCAGACUAGCAGUGAGCAGCAGCACAAGCAAACCGCAGGCGAGCUGGCCAGCGCCCAGCAGACCAUCAAGGAGCUGCAGGCAAGGCUGGAGGAGGCCGCUCUGGUGCAGGACGAUUUCCAGCAGCGCAUCACCACGCAGUCGCAGGAGUACGCCGAGCUGAAGGAGCGGUUCCACCAGGAGGCCGACGUGCGGAACCGCCAGCUCACAGAGAAAUGCCAGCAGGCCGAAUCCGAACUGGGCGACCUGCGUAGCGGCUACGCUGAGCUCGAGGAGCGCGCCAAUGAGCUGGAGCGCGCACGCACGCGCCUGACCCACGAGCUCGAGGACUCCCGGCUCGAGGCCGAGCGCGAGCGUUCCCACGCGCUGGAGCUCGAGGACGCCAACGCCGAGUUCAAGCAGCGCUUCGACCAGCUCGACAAGGACCAGCAGGAGCGCAGCCAGCGCAUUGCCGAGCUGAGCGAUGAAAAGUCGGGUCUGGAGAAGACCAUCGAGGAGCUGCGCGAGAAGCUGCAGGCCGAGGCCGUGGCCAGCGCGUCGGCCAUUGAGGUCAAGCAGCGCUGGGAGCAGCAGCACCAGGAGUUCCAGGAGUCGAUCCAGAAGGAGCUGGCGCAGAAGGACCAGGAGAGCGAGCAGGCGCGCCAGCAACUGCUGGCCGAAAUCGCCGAGCUGGGCAGCAAGCUCGACGAGCAGGCGAUUCUGCACGAGCGGCUGCAGCGUGAGAGCGAUGAGCGCGCCAGCGAGCUGGAGCGCGCACGCGAGUCGGCCGACCAGUCGACCAAGACGCGUGAUGCCGUCGAGCAGGCCAAGCGCGAGGCCGAAAUCCACGCCGAGUCCCUGCGCACCGCCGUGGCCGACUACAAGGCCACAGCCGCCCGCCAUGAGCAAAAGGCCACCCAGCUGCAGGACACCGUACGGUCCCGCGACCUCGAGCUGACGCAGCUCGGCCGCAAGCUGCAGCGCACCGAGCGCCGCCUCGAGGAAGUCAUGGCCCAGGCUGCCUACCACCUGGACGCCCGCAACCGCCUCGACUCAGAGAACGUCGAGCUGCGCGAGAAGCUCGAGCUGGCUCUGCGCGGCUCGCCCACUACGCGCGACCUCAGCAACGUCCCCGGCAAGCCCGCCGGCUCCGACGAGUCCAUGCGUGCUGCCCACCAGCAGAUCCAGGAGCUCGAGCAGUCGCGGCUGGCGCUCUCGGCGGCCCUGCGCACUGCGCAGCAGGACUUUGAGGACAAGCAGAGCGAGCUGGUGGACCUGGACCGCAGCUUCGGCGCCAUCCAGGACGAAAUGGCCGCCCAGCACGCCCAGCUGCUGACCGCCGAGCGCGAGCGCAACGAGGCGGUUGAAUCGCUAGCCAGCCUGAAAGAGCAGCUUGUGUCCGAGCGCUCCCUGCGCGGCAACAACGAGGAGCUGAGCAACGAGCUGAGCCAGCGGCUCGAGGAGAUGCGCGAGCGCCUGGCCAGCUACGAGUCGACUGUGCAGGAGGCCCAGGACCACAAGCGCUACGCCGACAAGGUCGUUGGCGGAGCCCGCGCCGAGACCCGCGAGCUGCGCGAGUCGCUGGAAGAGUCGCUGCGUGCCCGCAAUGCCGCCGAGGACCGCGUGCGGGAAAUGGAAGCCGACGCAUUGGCUCUGCAGGCGCGCAUUGACGAAAGCGCCCUGACCAUAGCCGAGCUGGAGCAGAUCCGUCGCGGGCUGCAGCACGAGCUGGACAACGUGUCGGAGCGGCACCGCGGGGACAUCGACGACCACGACCGGGUCAUGGAUGAGCUGCGCGCCAAGUACCAGGGCGAACUGGAGGACACCACGCGCGAGCUGGAGGCGAUCAAGAAAGACCACGUAGAUCUGCGCGAAGCCUACAUUUCCCUGGACAGCGACCUGGCGCUCAAGGCCCAGGAGCUGGACCGCGCAUCCGAGGAGGCGGUCGAGGCCAAGCGCGAGCUGAUGCGCGUCAUGGCCAAGCUCGAGGAAAUCGUGCCUGCCUAUGAGCACGCCCGCGAUACCGCCAAGCGGCUCGAGGACGAGCUGGCCACUGCCACGCGCUCCCUGGACUCGGCCGCCAUCCGCACCGCCGAAGCCGAGGCCCUGCGCGACGAAAUGCGUCUGGUCAAGGACAAGGUCGAGCAGCGCCUGGACGAGCUGCAGGACAAGUACAUUGAGGCCAGCCGCGGCCGCCAGACCGCCGAGAAGGCUGCCCUGCAGCUCGAGGACGAAGUCAAGUCGGCGCGCGCCAAGCUCUCCGAGAUCAACGAGGACCAGACGUCGGCCGAGGACCGUGUCACCCGGCUCGAUGCUGUCGUGGCCGACGCCCACCUGGCGCUGGACAAGGAGCGCGAAGCCAACACCAUGCUGACCAAGGAGAAGAACGCCCUGGAGAAGCAGAUCAAGGGGCUCAAGCUGCGCAUCGUCGAGCUCGAGGCCGAGGCCGUCGCUUUCCAUGCCAAGGGCAACAAGCGCUUCCAGCCCGUGCCUGCCGACCUGGCCUCUAAGCUCGAGGCCCAGGCGAAGCUGUCGCUUGAGGACCAGCAGAAGCUCAAGCAGAUGGAGCGCCAGAUCCGCGAGCUGCAGUUCCAGAUUGCCGAAAAAGACAUGGCCAAGCAGCGCAACGACAUUGACCUCCAGCGCAUGACCAACCGCAUCAAGCGCCUCGAGGAGCAGAUCCACGAGCUCGAGGAGACCGAGCAGCAGUUGACUGUCGCCAAGCACCGCCUUGAGCGCGAGCUCGGCUCCCUCCGCAGCCGCAAUGGCAGCCGCAAUGCCACACCAAACUAGUUUCUCUUCCAUUUUUUUUACAUACAUCCUAUUCCAUUGCCUUCAG